CGUCUCAAGAAUGUUGGUGGUGUGCACCUAAGUCUUGAAAUAUAGAACUUUCAUCUCAUGUCGGAAGAAACUUCGAUGAAAAACCGACAGAAAUGAGAAAAGGAAAAGAUGUUCUUGCAAAAAUUCUAUUCUUGCAAUGGAACCAAGAAAAUGGUGGUCCUGUUCGACCAGAAACACGCGAUCCAAGACUAUUGAAUUUUCAUGCUAAUCGUAACCUUAAGAAUGCUGGAUGAAUCUUGCUCUGAUGAAAGAAUCAAUGGACUGAAUCAGACGAGCAGGAACAUGAUCGAAAACUGAACUCAAUUGCCUGCAGUAACACUUUCAUGCUGCAACAUCUCCUCGCUAUUAUAUCGAAUACAAGUUCAGUAAAUUGAUCCUCUUCCUUCUUAUAUGUAUCUAAUAAACGUACUUGUUAUGCAGAUGAAUACGAUAAUCAGGAUUGAUUCCAAAUCCAAUUCUUUGUUUCCUGCAUGACUAUCAUUACCCAGGAUUUUUUUGUGCAAUGCUCUCUUCUUAAGACCUGUCCCUCAGUCAGUGGGUAAAUGAACAAUUGCUGAAACACGGAUUAACUGUAAUAUUAACAUUCCGCCUCGGUUGUUAUCUGGAAUACUCAGAGCUCUACUCGAGUACAACACGACCUUCAUCUGCUCUACUUACUCAUUCAUAUUACAAGAAGUAAGAAAGAAUUAGCUUAAAUUGCUUUCUUGUUGAGUGAUUACUUACAUCAAGGAAUCACACCUCAAAAACGAAGAAAAUGGCGACUCUCACGGCAACGGUUACACGAGACCUCCAGGCUUAUCAAAGCCGGGAUCUCGGACCACAGGUAAGCGAUUUGGAAUAAUUAGAAGGUGUUGUUGAUGUCUGCCUCUGCCAAGCACUAGGGAAUGAUCGGAAUCAAUCCUAUUUGAUAAUGAAAACGAACCUGCCUGUGCCUGUACUUUUACAACAUUCAUGUCCACUACUAGUAGUUAUCCCGUCUUCCUUAAAUGGGUAACGGGAGGCAGAGUGCUGCCAAAUUACCACAAGACGCCACUGCGUGGCGCGAGAGUGAUGAGCACAUCCUCCCGCUCUGUUGAGCGUGAUGCGAGAAAGAUCUUCCGUAGAGAUGAGCUCAUCCCUACCUUCUGUUGAGCAUGGCGCGUACUGGCCGCGGCGCACGAGAGAUCUGCUGUUGAGCAUGACCCGCGAGAAAUGGGGCAAUCCCUCCCUUCUGUUGCGUUUGCCGCGCGCGAGCUGUGUGCAGACUCUCUAUCUGUUUAGUGAGGCUCCCCUACUGUCUUGAUACACUGACAAGGUUGCGCAGGUAGAGACACUUCGGUCCGCGAUGACUCUCUGCGGCGAGGGAACUGGUCAGGUCCUUUGAGGGGCUUUUCUUAGCUGUAGAGCACUCAGCCGCGAAGUAAAGCGUCUGCUCCGCUAAAGCUCCGCGCCCCUCAGUCCCUCGGCUCCUGACUCGCUUCCGCCUUGGCACCUCUUCACCGCCAUCGUCCUCGACUUGGUCGCCUUCGAGCGGCGCGCCUUUUGCGAGUCUCGCACAUACUCCCGCAGUUGCAGUAGCGCUGCAUCCUUAAACCGGCCCUCUGCGUGAGACGUAGCUUUCCGUCUUGGCCCGGAUGCCGCGCCCUUUUGGUCCCUGUUGGGUCGCGACUGUCCUGGGCGAGCUCGCCGCUGCAUCGCGUUCCCGUGUUAUGGCUACGAAUCUCGACCAUACUAACACCUGCGGACUGAUCGGGCCCCGCAUACGACUCUCGGGUUGCAUGAUGUUGGAGUGCCACCAGGCUUCCUAUAGUAACUCACUUACUAGUAGUUAUUAUUCUAAGAAAAUAUGUUAUUAUAAGAAGCAGUAGAAAUUCUAAGAAAGUAAUAAUAAGUAGUACUUAAUUUUUAGAUUUUAAGAAAGUAAGUUGUGAAAAAAUCAACAGGUUCACAGCAUUAUGGCAAUUUUGCCGCAAUGCAGCGAGGAAAAGGCAUGUGAUGCCCUUAUUCAUGCAGGCGAAGACAUCGAGGGCGCUAUCGAACUUUUGUUAACGAGUAUGGACGCAAGUCCCAAGAAGAAAGUUCCUCAACAGGUAUUAUUGAUCAUUUUUCUCAGUGCGAUAACAAGCAACAAGAGGUUUCGUCUCACAUUGGAUUUUUUUCUUAACUCCCACUUUUGCCUUUCGAUUCCCCAACUCUGGUGCACUUCGAUAAUUCCCAACUACCACACAGCCGGCAGUGGUGCCGCAGCAGGUAAUGAGUCAAGUGCCAAUUCAACAAAUGGAAGAGGAGGUAGAACAAGUGAUCGUUCAACAACCGAAAUCGCCAGUAACACAAGUGAAACCGGUCGAACCAGAGCCAGUUGUUGUGGAACAACCUGCACCCCCAGAAGAAGAGGUGUUUGAUCCCCAACCAAACGUUCCCGAAAUGAGGUAUUAACUUCCUACUUAGACCUGCUGUCUUUGUGCUUUUCUAAUCAAUGAUAUCAAGGCAAGAAUUUGUACCUGGAGGAGGAUGGUAUUGGAAUCAACUCCUGUCCACAAUUACUCUAGAUCUUCUCUCAAAUAGAGACCAAGCAAGCACCUCCUUUGCCCAUCCUCAUCAAAGAAUCUGGCACUACAUUUACGACCAUCUACCAGUUAUUUUUUGAACAUGGUGAAGAGGGACCGAGCCCCGACGACAGCGGAAAAACAUUUGUUGAAAUUGCGAAAGAAAAUGAGAGAAAUCGAAAUGAUCGAAAAAAAAUUGGCCUCAAACGAGAAAGUGGACGCGCUCCAACUUCCGAAACUAGAAAAGAAAGGCGACUUGACGUACUACUUACAACAACUAUGUUCAGUUCUUGCAUGCUCUUGUACUUGUUACUUAACCAGGGUUUAGCUGUAUUUGUGGCUAUAGAUACUAGACCAUCCUAGAGGUAGAGUUGAAAAAUCGGUUGAACAUAUAAUGUUGAAGAAAGUUAUGAAGAUGUCUACCUAGAUGUGUAGUCUCAACAAGAAAGAUGUCGACGCAGUCAUCUUCUAUGGCACCAUGAAGAUAGUUGUAUCCAAUCAUGAAUUACAAUUACAAAACAGGAUUGAGUUGGAAGGGUACGAAACAGCGGUUAAUAAGACACUUGUCGAGGAAGCUGAGGCUUUGCGCAAGCAACACAUUGAGGAAGAAUGGACAAGGAUUGAAGCCGAAAAGGCCGAGAGGCGCCGAAUUGAAGAGGAACGCCGGGAGGCCGAGCGCAUAAGGAUCGAGGAGGAACGAAAGCGAAAGGAGGAAGAUUAUGACUAUCAGUUGCUUAUUCUUUCUCCAUUUUCAUGAAUAUCAACAUAGUGCUAUAUCUGGGCCCAUUGCUGAAGACUGCAAGUGCAAAUCCUAGGCUUGAUAAUCCAACGAGCUCUACUAUCAUGUGUAUAUUCAUCUAUCUUGUUAGACCACUUAGUUAGAUGAAGAGAUAUUUGCUAGUAGAUCAUCUCGAGGUUAAUUGCUUACAAGGAGAGCUUUGUCUAAUGUUUGGAACGUCAGCGACAUGAAGAGGAACAGGCAAGACUGAAGGCCGAAGCAGAGGCCGCAGAGGCCAAGCGACAGCUAGAAGCGGCAGCAAGACUCGAGCAGGAGCGAAAACGGGAGGCCGAGGACCAGCGACGAAAACAGGAGCAAGAGGAGGCACUCCAGCGUCAGCGCAGGGCAGGCGCAGCAGGUAAUACUUCCUACUUGUUGACUGGAAGCUAGCAGGGCACGUCCACGUUUGUAAGUAGUAUUGACUAUGGCAAUUAAGUAAGCUCAAGCUCAACAAAGCACGUCUAAGUGGUAGUGGGUAACCCGCUACUUGCUUCCUCGAAUAAUUCCGAUUGAGACAGAGAAUCUAAGUCCUCGCCGAGUACUUCAUCAAAUAUGCAACUAUUAAUGACCUGAUAUUAGGUGAUUGGGCUGGUGUUGCCUCCGGCCCCGUGUACAACAGCGGUUACACUGCCGGAAAGAAAGGGCCAAAUUUCGGAUACAAAGGCAAGGGCGCUGAACAACCGGUAGAGCAGCAAUCAUAUGCCCCGCCGCAAACUUAUGAGAGCAAAAAGGGUAUAAUUACCUCCGGUAGGUCAGAGCUCCCUCUGAUUUGCGUAAAUAUUUGAUAAUACCUCUACAGCAAUUUUUCAAAAGCCUCCAGUCCUUCAAAAAGCACCAGUACUUCAAAAACAAAGAACUCUAGUACUGUUUCAGAAACCUCUGCUGGCACUUCAUUUCAAAAUAUCGAAGAUAUCCUUCCUCCAUUUCCAUUCCUUACCCUACGAUUGUUCCCACACGGUGUCCCGAAACAAUCAAAGGUGUCCAGCAACCAGUGGGCUAUGGACAGCAUCAGAUGGAGCAUGCAUACAACGGGGCGCAACCCGACCAAGGAGGUUAUACCCAAGAUGUCGGUGGAGAUCCCUCAGAUGAUUGGGGCGCAACCGCUUCAGCCGAGAUCAUGGAACAACAAAAGAUGGCUCUCCGCGACUCAGGACGUGAACAACAGGGCGCAUUCGAUGGGUAUUUUAUUCGUUGUUCUGUAGUUAAGUAUAUGAUAGUCAUAAGUUCUUGUACGUAACGGCCUAUUUUUCCAGAAGGUAGAGCAGCUGCACUCCCAGGUUUAGACUUUGUGGCGGACAAGCAUACUCACACACCAUCGUGCUUAUGGUCGUCUAUUUCUAUCAUCUCUUCUCGUAUUGAUUUUCAACAAAUUUGAUGAUUGUCUUUCUCUACAACAACAUUAUCCAUCGAUCGUUACUUGAAUCCACCACUAUGAAAAUCCUUAUAGCUCUUCCGGUAUGGUCGAUGGUGGUAAGGGCAUGGACGGAAAGAACAUCCGAAGUAUGAUGGCCUGGAACUACGACAAAGGAAGCAUGAUGGACGGAAACUGGCGUGAUCAAAGAACUAGUACUACUUUUUUCAUGUAGAUACUACUUGAUUUCCAUCUUUGUGAUUUCUAGUCUUUCGCUUUCCGCAAGACAAGAUGAAUUUCGCAUUGAUGUUUUCUUUGAGCAAGUAACACAUGAUAAUGUCUUGGUCAGUAUUUUUCAACAAUGCUAUUAAUGAAACAUCUUAUGCAGCAUCAUAUUUCGAAAAAACAGACUACCAAGGCGGCUACCAGCAGAAAGGAAGCGAUGGGAAGAAAGGAGGAAACAAGGGCAAGGGCAAAGGAAAGCCGAAGGGCUACAACAACCGCGGCCCAGCUCUCGGCUCGCAGUUCUAG